AUGGCAUCAAAUUCACUUUCUUCUUCUUCUUCUUCUUCUUCUUCUUCGUCCUGGACGCAAAUGCAAAACAAACAAUUCGAGAAGGCUCUAGCCAUUUACGACAAGGACACUCCCGACCGUUGGCACAACAUUGCUCGGGCCGUGUCUGGAAAAUCUGCCGAAGAAGUCAAAAGGCAUUACGAGGUCCUUGUCGAGGACCUCGAGCGUAUCGAGUCCGGAAAUUUUCCCUUCCCAAUUUAUCGACCAAACCCGUUCAACCGUUGA